UGUAUUCGAUUUUGUUACAGCUGCAUAUGUAAUAUAAUAUCAAUUACAUUGAAAAUCUUUUCUUUUUUUUUGUAAAAAAUAUUGUAAGUUCCUGUAGAAAUAUUUUUGAUAUUGUAAACCCUUCCGAUGUUUUUCAAAGAUGAUAUAUUUAUUUACAUAUACAGAAAGCUGUAUAUCUCAGACAUGAAAAAUCCCAACAAUAAGCUAUUGUAAAAUCACAUACUGUCUGGUUCGUUUUAAUUAUUCCGAGAUGAUAAUCAUGCUGUAUGUUUCAUUGGUAAUCUUGUUGUAAAGGUUCACGAUAAUGUAGCACGUGAUAUUUCCGUCGUCAAUAAUAUAAUAUAAUCAAACAUGUCCAUGCGCAUUUUUAAAGCAGAGACAACUGUUAAUUUAAUUUCAUCUAACCUCAAAAUGAAAUAUUAAAUUUGAUACUGUGUUUUAGUGAAAUACGUGUACAAGUUUUAUAAAUAAUCACAAAAAACCCCAUGAAAUGAUAUGUGAUAAACAUAAUUAAUCAAUACCAUGUGCAUGUACAUCUAGACAAUAGUGAUGUAAUUUCAGGAAAAUCAAAUCAUAAAUCCGUUUUAAGUUGGUGUUAAUGAUCGCCGGUAUACAUGUAGCUGAAUAAGUUUGGGACUGCCACACCAACAGAUGACAGCAGCAGGCACUAAACUUAGUUUAAUAAAGCGCAUCUGUCCCCGCACUUGAACAUGGCCGUGUGCAAAAUAACUCCAAAUUCGAACAUUAGGAUAUCUGCACGCAGUACCAAUGGAGAACACACUCAAACAGGAUUAAGAACUUAGAAAAAUACCUAUCAUUCAGUCAGUUGCUCCUGAGAAAUAUGUCCGAAUUAUUAGUUGAAAAAUAGCAUGAAAAUUCUGAAGUUUUUAUUCUUUGGCUUAACACAAACUGCAUAAAACCCAAGCUUCGGCAAGAACGGAACCUCGAAGAUGACCAGCGGAGACAGUCUAACUAUGAACUGGAGAAAUGGUGCAACAGACAGUUCAGACAAAGAAAACAUGGAUGACCAAUUGAGCCAUUGUCAUACGGAGAAAAACCAGGAUAUUUUCGACAAAAAAGCAAGAAGACAACUUAUUGUUGCCAGCAUCUUUUGUUCCAUGUUCAUGAUUGGAGAAGCCGUGGGAGGUGCAUUAGCAGGUAGUCUUGCCAUUAUGUCUGACGCCGCGCAUCUUUUGACUGAUUUUGCUAGCUUUGGAAUAAGUCUAGUUGCAAUGCACUUAACAGUUAAAAGGAGGACCAAGAAAUUAAGCUUUGGAUGGUACAGAGCAGAAAUCAUUGGUGCUCUGGUUUCCAUCAUGUUUCUCUGGGUGUUGACCGGUGUACUUGUUUAUCUCGGUGUGCAGAGGAUAAUCCACCCAGACUACACUAUAGACCCCCUCAUCAUGUUGAUCACAGCGUCCGCAGGGGUGGUAAUCAACGUCAUCAUGGGUGCCACGCUGCAUCAAGGCGGUCAUCAUCACCAUUCCCACGGGGGGAGCCCAGGGUACAGCCCAACAGACAGUGGUCAUCAGAGCCAGGAUGAUGACAACUCCAAAGAAACCAACAGCAAGCACCUGCUGGACGAUACGCAGAAAUUAGUAGAGUAUGGUACCAUAUCCAAUGCAAAUGUCCACGAUGUCGAGAAAAAUGACCAUGGCCACUCACAUAAAGAGAAAAAUAUCAAUGUCCGUGCAGCUUUUAUUCACGUUCUUGGUGACUUGGUACAAAGUCUGGGCGUUCUUAUUGCUGCUAUAAUCAUUUGGUUUAAGCCGGAGUGGAAAAUCGCAGAUCCAAUUUGUACAUUUCUCUUCUCGAUUCUCGUUGUAUUCACCACUAUGCACAUCGUCAAGGAUAUCAUUAUUGUCUUAAUGGAAGGCGCUCCUCGGACGGUUGAUUUUGUGGACGUGACCAAGAAUCUGCUGGAGAUUGACGGCGUGAAGGAGGUUCACGACCUGCGGAUGUGGUCCCUCUCCAUGAACAAGAUCGCCAUCGCCGUCCAUCUGGCUGUUGAGAAGGACAGAGACCCGAUGACUGUACUAAGGCUGAGCACACGUCUCGUUCGCAAAAAGUUCGGAAUUUCGGAGAGCGUCAUUCAGAUUGAGGAAUAUCACCCAGCUAUGUCCGACUGUCACGAAUGUCAGGAUCCGCCCGACUAACACCGAGUCAUGAAUGUCACAAAUUCCAGGAUCCGCCCGACUAGUACCGAGUUAUCAGGAUGGCCGGAACUCACUGUCCAGAGCGGAUCGUUAUGAAAAAUCGUUCAUAAGGAAUCUUGAAAUUUAACUUUUUAAACACGAUUACAAAUAUAAUUGCGUAUCAAGUUGCAAUGUAUCAUGACAUACAUUUUUAUGUACAUAGAUCUACAUGUAUAUAUGUAAUUGUACAUAGAUAAAUAAUAAUUUUAUAUAUAUAUAUAUAUAUAUAUAUAUACAUACAUACAUUUUGUACAUGUAUAUAUAUGGCAUACAUAGAUCUAUAUAAAUAGUACAUUCUGUAUACAUGUAUAUUAUUAUAUUGUGGUUUUGUUUGAAUUGAUUGUGGAAAAUAGAAAGUUAACUAUACAAUGUAUGUAAAUUACAACAUCCUGUGGUCUUAUGUGAAAAUGUUCACAAUAUGGUACUUUUCACAAAUGGUUUAAUAAAGUGUUAAAUUCA